GCCUCUCCACAAGGGUUUUGAAAACCAUAGAAAAGAGGGAAGACGAGAGACUUCAGGCUCGAAGCAUUGGCAUAGGCGUCGACAGCAGCAACCAUGGAGCAGCAGAAGAUGGCUCAAGCACACGAGGAAGUGGAAGACAUGCAGCAUGGUCCUUUCCCUGUUGAACAUCUCCAGGCAUCGGGCAUUGCAUCCCUUGACAUAAAGAAGCUUAAAGAUGCGGGUCUCUGCACCGUAGAAUCUGUUGCAUACUCUCCAAGGAAAGAUCUUCUGCAAAUCAAAGGAAUUAGUGAAGCUAAAGUUGACAAGAUUGUUGAAGCAGCUUCCAAACUAGUCCCACUGGGUUUUACUAGUGCUAGCCAACUCCACGCCCAAAGGCUUGAGAUCAUUCAGAUAACAUCUGGAUCAAGAGAACUUGACAAGAUAUUGGAAGGGGGACUUGAGACUGGAUCUAUAACUGAGAUAUAUGGAGAGUUCCGCUCUGGAAAGACUCAGCUCUGCCACACACUCUGUGUCACUUGCCAACUACCAUUAGAUCAAGGAGGUGGUGAGGGAAAAGCAAUGUACAUUGAUGCUGAGGGCACAUUCAGACCACAGAGACUUUUACAAAUAGCAGACAGGUUCGGACUGAAUGGUGCUGAUGUUUUGGAAAAUGUGGCUUAUGCUAGAGCAUAUAACACUGAUCAUCAGUCGAGGCUUUUGCUAGAAGCAGCAUCAAUGAUGGUGGAAACAAGGUUUGCUCUUAUGAUAGUAGACAGCGCAACUGCUCUCUAUAGAACAGAUUUUUCUGGAAGGGGAGAAUUGUCAGCUAGGCAAAUGCAUCUUGCUAAGUUCCUAAGGAGCCUUCAGAAAUUAGCAGAUGAGUUCGGUGUAGCUGUUGUUAUCACAAAUCAAGUUGUUGCUCAAGUGGAUGGUUCUGCCAUCUUUGCUGGACCUCAAAUCAAGCCUAUUGGUGGUAACAUUAUGGCUCAUGCUUCCACAACAAGGCUCGCUCUUCGGAAGGGAAGAGGGGAGGAGCGCAUCUGUAAAGUAAUAAGUUCUCCUUGUUUAGCUGAAGCUGAUGCCCGGUUUCAGAUUUCUGCAGAAGGUGUUACUGAUGUGAAGGACCGACCCAUUCUGGACCCCUUGUUUUGAGCUUUUUCAUCUGUCUGUAUUAUAGGUGUAGCUCUUUCAAGCAAGUCAUAUGUUUCUACUUGUAAUUUUGAAAAGCUGUUCUAAAAGCUCAUGAUUGGUCACAUUCUUCUGCAUUUUUCUUUGCGCUCUAAGCUGCAACUCCACAUCUUCAGUAUCAUACCAUUUUUAUUAUUCUGCAAAUAUUUGAGUCAGAUUCUUUUGCUA